AAUUUUGUUAUUCUUCAUAUAAAUGUCGAAGCAUUGAUGAUACCGAAACCUAAACCCUGAUUCUUUCUUCCUUUUGUUCUUCGUUUUCUAAUUCCUUCCUCGAUUGCAGAAGCUUUGCCAUGGCCAAAAGUUCGUUUAAGAUGGAGCAUCCUCUUGAAAGGAGGCAAGCUGAAGCUGCUCGGAUCAGAGAGAAGUAUCCAGACAGAAUACCAGUAAUUGUAGAAAGGGCUGAAAAGAGUGAUGUGCCCGAAAUUGAUAAGAAAAAGUAUUUGGUUCCCGCAGAUCUGACCGUUGGUCAGUUUGUGUAUGUGGUCCGCAAGAGGAUCAAACUCAGUCCUGAGAAAGCCAUUUUCAUUUUUGUCAAGAACAUUUUGCCACCUACUGCGGCUAUGAUGUCUUCAAUUUAUGAAGAAAAUAAGGAUGAAGAUGGUUUUCUUUAUAUGAGUUACAGUGGUGAGAACACAUUCGGGCUACUGUGAAACAUUUGGUGAAAGCCACAUGGUCUUUGUGAAUAUAACUGGGGAAAGAAGAGAGUAAAAAAGUGUGGUGUUUAUAAAUUCUCGUUGGUCUAUCUGAUGUUUUUAGUUGCGAACCACUUGAUUGAGUUGGCUACCUUAUGUUUAUUUCAAUAAUUUGGUAACUUCUAUUAUGUUGGUAACCUUUUCAGUAUAUAUACUUGACUUUUCAGCUUCUUA